UAUUUGGUUUAUGUUCCUCAAUUCCUUCCUUCAUUUUCGCCCAAAAUUUCCCUGUUCUUGGCGCAAAUUUCCACCCUUUUUACCCACCAAUAACUACCUAAUACUUUUCCCUCUUCAAAUCCCUCCUUGUAAAUUCUCCAAACCCCCAAAUUCUAGGGUUUUCAUAUUGCUUCUCUCUGUAUUCCAAAUUUUGAUCAGAAAUGAGCUUUCAAGAUCUAGAAUCGGGUCGAUCAUUGGGUCCCCGUCGGGUCGGGAAGCAAGACCCGACCCAAGCUGUGGCUUCUGGAAUAUUCCAGAUCAACACCGCUGUCUCCACGUUUCAAAGGCUGGUUAAUACCCUUGGUACCCCUAAGGAUACCCCCGAGCUACGCGAGAAAUUGCACAAGACAAGGCUACAUAUUGGGCAGUUAGUGAAAGAUACUUCUGCAAAACUUAAGCAAGCCAGCGAAACAGAUCACCGAGUUGAAGUCAGUGCUAGUAAGAAAAUUACAGAUGCUAAACUUGCUAAAGAUUUUCAAGCAGUAUUGAAGGAGUUCCAAAAAGCUCAACGGCUUGCAGCUGAGAGGGAGACAGCAUACACACCUUUCGUUCCCAAAGCAGUUCUUCCUUCUAGUUACACAGACGGUGUGGUGGAUGCCACUUCAGAUAUAGGUCAAGAACAGCAAGCUCUCCUUGUGCAAUCUAGAAGACAGGAGGUUUUGCUUUUGGACAAUGAGAUUUCCUUUAAUGAAGCUAUUAUAGAGGAACGAGAGCAGGGAAUACAAGAAGUACAACAACAGAUAGGGGAAGUGAAUGAGAUUUUCAAGGAUCUUGCCGUGCUUGUUCACGAGCAAGGAACCGUGAUUGAUGAUAUUGGUUCCAACAUUGAGAAUUCUCAUGCUGCAACUGCACAAGGGAGGACACAACUUGCUAAAGCGGCAAAGACCCAAAGAUCAAAUUCAUCUCUGACCUGCUUACUCCUGGUGAUUUUUGGAAUCGUGCUCCUUAUUGUUAUCAUAGUACUUGCAGCCUGAUUUGAAGAUUUUGAGAUAUAGAGAAGGAUCCUAAACUCCGUUCAGCAGUGAAGAGAUCUUUGUGACUCAAGUUGUUUGAAGGCUCUCCCCAGCGUAAAAUUGUGUUGCCUCAAAUCUUUGGUCAUACGAAAAAAAUUACUGUCAAACGAAGUUUUUGUUUCCUCUGUGGGGGGAGGGGGAGGCAGGGUUUGUGUUUAAUAUUGUAUAUUUGGUGUUUGGGUUGCAAGUUAUGUUGCUGCCUUGUAAUGGCACUAUAACUGUUUGUCAAUAAAAAAAUGAUUCUUUGGAGGGUCUUUGUUUCUAAGGGCAUUUCUAUUGUUGAUGUUGACAAAACAGUGUAUGAUAUUUUAUUCGUUAUGAUACCAGUGUGGCGAGUCGAUAA